AUGGAUUCUACGACGCAGUCUCCUCCCACACUCACAAACCCUCGGUUUACACUCGAACUCGAGUUUGUUUCCUCGCUCGCCAAUCCUUACUACCUAUCGCAUCUUGCGGUCACCUACCCGGGCCUCCUGGGAAUCUCACAAGCCGAUGACAAUGACGACGAUUCUGCCUCUGCCCCAGAUGCCCAAGCUUUCGCUGCAUACCUGGCAUACCUCUACUCCUACUGGAAGACGCCCGAGUACUCUCAGUUCCUGACUCAUCCCGGCCCAACGCUGCGCGCUCUCCGGCUGUUGCAAGAGGACACUUUCCGCCGUGAUAUCAUUCUGCCUCAGGUCAUCGAAGGUCUGGCCGGUGUCACCAUCCCCAACAACACCGCACAAACUGCCGAAGCGGAUGUCGCCCAGAACUCCGAGACGCAGGACGACCAGAAUGGAACCAAGACGUGA